GAAUGUCAAAUUCAAGUCAAGUGUCAAUUUACUAAACGUCAGAAUUUGAAUUUGACGGCGGUUGUGCGAGUUAAAAGUUAUAACCUGCGAAACAACUUUUUAUGGUGUUUUGUUUAUUUAUUGUUUGAAUUAAACUACCUUAAUGAUAACAAAAAUCUUUCAGGAUGGAUGUAAAUUCUAGCGUUAGAACGAAAGAAGUGUUAUCACAAGAAUUAAGAUCUUUACGAGAUAGGAGUGUUCAUAUUUGUAAAGCAAUUGAAUCGUCACCCAACGAAGUUCUCAUUCCAAAUAAAGACAAAACUUUAAACUAUGUGGCUGGGCUGCAAAAAGAGUUGGAAACUUCGAACACUACUAUUACAACGGACAAUAAUUUAUUAACAACCCAAUUCCUAUCUGAGAUGAAGGAAAGAACUGACGAUGUUGAAAAACAUAUAGCAUUUACCAAGGGCCUAAUACAUGAUGUGGAUGAAGAAAUAGAAAGACUACAGAACUUAAUUAUAACAGCAAAAGAAGUAAGAAGUAGUCCCAUGGUGGAGAAAAAAGAUAUACAACCACAUCAUAUAGAGAAAGCUAAAGAAAAAUUCCAUGUUUUAAAACAAGAACUUCGUGGUCUCAUAUAUUCAUUGUUUCCUAAAUGUUCCGGACUGAUUACAGAAGUUUUAGCUGAAUUGAUGAGAGCAAGACUUGAUGUUAGUUCUAAUGGUUAUAUAACUUGUACAGCGGAAAAUAUCCCAGCUAUUGAACUUUUAAUGGAUGCAAAUUUAGUUAGUGUAAAUCCAUAUAACAAUACAGAAGUGAAAUUAGUUUACUGA